AUGGUCUUUGAAGGUAGGAAAUGUGGAUGUUUCAUGGUCCGUUCAGUUUCUUCCCACACACAGUUUGAUGUUAAAACUGAUCAUGUCACUUGAAAUGCCAUCCCAGGAGGGAACAAGAUAUCCUUUAAAGUCGGUUCACAUCAGCUCUAAAGAAAAGGAGAAUGCCCCAUGCAAGAAUAUAGAUUAAACAUAGUAAAUCACAUAGUAGAUAACACUAUUGAAAACAUAUAGCUGAAUUUGAGAUUCCAUUUUUAUAGCUGAUUCUUUACUGCCUUAAUUCACCUGUUCAGAUUUAGAGUAUAACUUAAUUUAUUUUGUCUAUACAGUACAAUUACAUUCAUUCACUGUGACUGAUUAACAUCUAGGAAAGAUCUUGCAGUUGCCUCAUUCAAAUUCACAUCUUCAGAAUCUGUAUCAACAAAAAGAUAAACAUAGCAUCUAUCAAAAACAGAAAACAUUGUUCAGUUCAGACAGAACCAUCUGUUCCAGCAGAAACAUGUUUUCAUUGAGGGUAAUUGUAAUCUAGCAAUGAAAUACUUAAUAAAGUACUUACAGUUUUUUCCAAUUGCUAACACACUAAAAUGACAUGCACAGCACAAUUAUUUAAACUGACACACAGAGAGCAAAACUUCUUCUCAAGUCUCCAAAAGUCUAAACACCUUUUCUGUUUUACACACAUUUUGCAUUUCAAAAUAGCACUUUUUAAAUUCACUAAAUACAGUUCUCUGCAUAAGACACAACAAUCUGACAUAAAGUCACAUGUUUGCCAUUUCAAAACACUGCCAUUCAAAAUGACACUACAUGAGCUAAUUGGCCAAUUACAUGUGCCACCUGGCCAAACACCUCAGUGGUUAAUUGUUAACGCUUCAAUCAGGAUGUAAGCACUAUGAAAAGACCACAGGUGAGAACCUUUUUUUUUUUUACAACAACAAUGGAAGACAUUGCAGAGAGAGGAAGAGGAAGAGGGAGGUUGAGAAUAAGAGGGGGAGGAAGAGUGAGAGGUAGGGGUAGAGCAGGUAGAGGAGUUCAUGGCCAAAGAAGACAAACACUUUCAAAUUAAAUCAGAGCAACCUUAGUAGAUCAUGUCAUCAACCAUGGGUUGACAAUGCGUGAGGCUGGACAGAGAGUGCAGCCAAACUUGAGCCGUUUUACUGUCGCCUCUGUCAUCCGGACCUUUAGACUGAAGAACAGGUAUGUAACCAAAAUUUCAUGUAGUACACAUGUAGUAUACCCCAUGUCAUAGUGUAUCAGUUGGGUGACACCUGUUUACUUAGUGUAUGACAUCAGCCAUUCAUGAACUGUACAAGUUUCCUGUACAAUGUACUCUACUGUGGGGGAAAAUAUUUAGGCUGCAUUGUCCAAGCCCUAUAUAUAUUUUUAUUUUAUUUUUUCUAAAGGACUGAGAGACGACACCAUGGUGGAGGAAGGGGCCAAAUGUUCACCGGGGUACAGGAAGCUGCCAUUGUAAACUUGGUUUUGGAAAAUAAUGAAAUCAGAUUACGAGAAAUUCAAAGCCACAUCAUCCAAGACAACACCUUAUUCAACAACAUUCAACGAGUUAGUCUGUCCACAUUGGCUCGCAUUCUCAAGUGAAACCAAAUCAGAAUGAAACAACUUUAUAAGGUGCCGUUUGAGAGAAACUCUCAAAGAAACAAAGAGUUCAGACGAGCAUAUGUGGAUGGAGUACUGGAAAUGGAUGCUCAUGCAAUCCCACAUGAGUUCAUCUUUAUAGAUGAGGCUGGGUUCAACCUAGCAAAGACCAGAAGAAGAGGGAGAAACCUCAUUGGCCACAGAGCCAUUAUAGAUGUUCCUGGCCAACGUGGUGGGAACAUCACAAUGUGCGCUGCCAUCUCCAAUAUGCAUGGUGUCCUCCACCGUCAUGCCAAACUUGGACCAUACAACACAGCCCAUAUUCUCACAUUUCUGGACAGACUUCACAACAUUCUCAUACCACCAGAGCGUAUGAAUGAUGCAGACCAUCAAAGAAACCGGUACGUUGUAGUAUGGGACAACGUGAGCUUUCAUCGUGCAGCCCAGUCCAAAACUGGUUUGCUGACCACCCAACAUUUCUCAAGAAUUCUUUUCGCAUGGCGGUGGAAGGUAUACGACCGGCAGCCCUUUGUGCGCAUGCCUCUUGUGCAGGCCAUGGAAGAGGCAUGUGAUGAGAUUGAUGUGGGUGCAAUUCAGGGAUGGAUAAGGCACUCAAGGCGCUUCUUCCCUCGAUGUCUGGCAAGGGAAGAUAUUGCCUGUGAUGUUGACGAGGCAUUGUGGCCAGACCCGGCUGUGCGGCAAGAUGCUGCCUAA